AUGGACGCAAUCGAGUGGAACAAAGUGAGCGAGGGCUUUCUCGACAGUCUGGAGUCGGUUGUGCUCUCGGGUUCAACUGCUUGCCGACGCCACGGACUGCGUGAGCUCCAUGAAAAACUGUCUGGAUCCCAAAUCGCACAGGACAUAUAUCGGCCGGUUGCCCAGCUUUUGUUCAGGACGUAUCCGUUUUACGUUGACCGCGCAUCUCGUCAAGCAGCCCAGAAAUGCCUGAGCGCCCUCUUUCGAAUUCCUGCCGCAAACCAGGACCGCCAAUAUUUCAUACAAGAAUUAAACAAGGAGUGCUCUAAACCGGGGAUAGCUGCUGCGAAUGCGUUUGUUUUGGCAGAAUGGUGUUCGCUGCUGUUACAACAGCUGAGUGGGCUGCCUGACUCCACACAGUCCGUAUUAAAUCUCUUAUCUUCAGACGCCAAGGUUGUGGAGAUUUGCCUGCGGGCUAAAACGAAAAGGACCAUAAAGCACUCGGCCAUUAUUGUGACCAGGCGGGCGUUGCGAGCUGUUCUCUCUUCUGAGGCAACCGGCGAGGAGAUUUUACGGCGGACAAUUUCGAUGUUAACAAGCGAUGGCGCCUCUGGUUCAAGAAAUUCUCCUUUUCUCGGAAUUGUAGCUGGGGUCAGCGCUCGGAUUCCUAACAGAAAGCCGGUUCUGGACGAUGUGAAGGCUGGUAUCCUGCAAUUCUAUGCGAAAGAAAUUAUUGGGUCCCGCACAGUCCUCCCUUCCCAUAUCGUAGGAGGAUUGCACGACUUCUUUAUUUCGUUCGCGACUGCUGAAGAUCUUCACACUACUGUCUGGCCAUUCCUUGAAAAGGCCAUUCUUAGAGCUCCUGAAAUUGUCUUCAGUGGACUGAUACCCUCACUGGCUGCCUCGAUACCUAUUGAAGUCGAUAUUUCAGAGAUUUUCUACACUCAUUUCUGCAAACCGCUCCUAGCAAAUAUCAAAUCUGCAAAUGCAUCCAUCAGAAAUGGUGCUGUCAAAGCUUUUGAAAGUCUUGUUCUUAGAUGCAAGUCCGAACAGUGGCUUCUCAAGGUUGCAGAAGAAGUUUUCGCGCCCCUGAAAACCCAGAAAAUUACAAACGCUGAACAGCGAGGUCUUCAAGCCCAAGUGCUCUCCUCUAUUCCGUGCUCCACUGAUGUGUCACAAUCUAUACUGGGAGGUCUCGCAGCCGUUUUAUCCCGUGAAGCUAGUGAAGUAGCGUUGGAUAUUGAGCUCAAGUCAUUCUGCUAUCAUCUUUCCUUCCUCAUUAACACUGCAGCACCUAUUGGAAAGGAAAUAUUAGAUGCUGCAACUAAAGGCUGCAGUGAAAAACGAGUCGCCUUCCGCAAACUGUGGCUGGUGAACGUCGGGGAGCUUUUGUGGAAUACAAAAGAUGAUGACUUGCUUCAUUCUAAUUUUACAACGGAUUUCCUUCAUCCAGUGGUUGCCAAGUUUCAAGAGUCUUUUGAUGACAUCGUUGCUAACCUAUUUCCUUCGGUUCAGAAUGGGGCAAUUACAAUAGCUUUCGUCUUUGUUGCUUUAUCAAACAGACUCAAAGAACAGAAAGACAAGAAUGGAGCCAAUUUAUUGGCCUAUGAUAAAGUUAUGCAACAGACAUUAUCCAUAUCACCGAAACCGUCAUUCCUCCUCAACCCGAAAGUCUACACGAAGUUGAACUCUACUGAAGAUUUCCUAUGGAAAACACGUGCGUUAUCUACGGUCUCCAGAUCGGCGGUGUUUCAGACAGGAGAUCUUUUGGCACAAGAAUAUUGGGCACAAGCAUUCAUGUAUGUGAUAUGUUCAUUUGGUACGCUGCCAAAGGUUAGAGAACAUGCAGUGAAUGCCCUAAAACAGAGCUAUUGUGCAAAUCCAGCCCAAGUUGGGAUGACAGCGAUCGCUGGAAUAUGGGAGUGGCUUCAUGCUCUAGACACUGCAAAUAAAGACUCCGCUUCGGUGAGUGCUGGGACUGGAAACGAAAGACUCUACCGUGUAAUCAAAGCUAUCAACAUUUCGCCCCCCGAACGAGCACAUAAUCACAUCAUCUCCAACGAGAUUCUUAAAGCUCAACUGGUUGAAUUGCUGGUUCUCUGCCGCCCGCAGUUGAUCCCAGGAACACAAUGGAUCGAUGUGGUUUUGAAAACUGGCAUAGACCCAGGGGAACUGGUCCGUGAAAGAUAUGAGGAAUGUAUGGCACAAAUCCUGAGGGCUAUUGAUGACCCAACACGGAGCCAGAUCAGCAAGGGGAGAGCUGCAGCGUGGGAAGCGGCAGCUGAUCUUGCAUUCGUUGCACCCGACAUCAUGAUUCCGCGCCUGAUAAAACAACUCCAUGAAGAUUUAGACCCAAAACGUGUGCUAAAAUUCGAGCCAACCGACAUUGCCAUUGCCCGAACUCCCGAAGGAACAACUUUUAUAGAAGUUCUCAGCACCAAAUCCACGCCGGUGAUUAGCAAGGGCAAGGAUUCCGACACCCUGAAAUGGGAGGAGGAACUUCGCGCCCAAGUUGCUCAAAAACGCGGCCAACCGCAGAAGAAAUUGACUGCUGAUGAACAAGCCAAAGUCAAUGCCCAAUUGGCUAAGGAAGCUCUAAUUCGGGAAAGUGUUCAAUCGGAGAAAGAAAUAAUCAAAAGGGGGGCUGGGAUUGUAGAAAGCCUUGCGCAGGGACCGCCAACGGAUGUUGAAGCGUGGAUAAAUCCCGUGGUCAAAUGUCUUACCGACCUUGCGAGGGCUGGAGCCGGUGCCCUGGUCGGUGAUGCAGUUUCAUCAGCAUAUGUCUCCUGUUCAGAUCGAAUAUCUACCAGACUUGGACUGGUGCGGCCAUUUGUUGGUAUUGCUACGCUCCGAGCUCUGGGGAAAACGUACCUAAACCCACAAUUGGAAGAUGAACCUCUUGGUGAGCUUGUUGCAAGAAUUCUUUACCGUCUUCGCUUAGGCUCGGAGCAGCGACCUUUCGACUUUGCUACCCUCUCAUAUAUCCUGCCUUUGAUUUUUGUUAUACUUGAGAAGGAUGGCAUUCAAGAAUCUAAAGACAGCAAAGGAGAACAAGUUCUACUAGCUCUCGAGUUUCUGUCUCUUCAUAUGAGUUCAUUUUUCGACAACAGGCUCCCGCGUGUUACCGCCCUUCAAACUUUGAUAUCCUCCAUGCAGAGAUAUACUCAGCACCAUAAGAUCAUUCGAGACACUUUAUUUGACCUUUGCAGGUGUAUAGCACAUAACAUUGAAAAAGAUGAACUUGAAGUUAUUCUUCAAGCCUCUAUUGUCCCUGAAAUACCGGUUCGGAGCUGUGUGCUCCAGGUAAUUUUGUCGGAGAUGGAUCUUACAGACCUUGACUUUUCCGAGUACAUCUGGCUAGCGUGUCACGAACAUGUAGCGGAGAAUCGUGAAACAGCUGAAGCUAUCUGGGAACAAAAUGCUCUCGGUAUUGAUGAAAAGUCUGCUAGUCUCCUCAUAAAAUAUCUCGAGAGUACGGACUCGCAACUCCGAGGAGCAGCGUCUCGAGCCCUGGCCCACGCUUGUGAAGUUAGUGCAGCAGUGUUUGCUGAUAAUUUGCAAAUACUGAAAUUGAAAUACAGAGAGGAAGUUAUGCCCAAAACUCCUGAAAAGGACGCUUACGGCAUGCCCAAGAAGGUUGACAACAAAGAUAAAUGGGAACGUCGUAGUGGAAUUGCAUUGGCAUUUGGGGCUAUGGCAAAGGGUUUCCAAGGAGACCAAAUUGUCAGGCUGCUUCAAUUCUUGAUUGACGAGGGUCCUUUAAUUGACAAAAACGAUUUGGUUCGACGCCAAAUGGCCGAAAGUGGGAGCACAGUUAUAACUCUGAAAGGACGCGAAAAGGUGGAGCAACUGAUGCAGCUGUUCGAAAAUACUUUGGAAACAUCAGAUAAAGCCAGCGAGGAAUCCGAUUGGCUCAAUGAGGCAGUGAUAGUUCUAUACGGUUCCCUUGCUCGUCAUCUGAAGUCCGGAGACAAGCGGGUGGACACAGUUAUCCGAAAGCUCCUGGCUGCUUUGUCCACGCCAUCUGAGACAGUUCAAUUCGCGGUAGCCGAGUGCCUUCCUCCCGUUAUCAGGCUUUCAAGCGCUGAUGCGGCAACCUACAUUAAAGAAAUUCUUGACCAACUCUUUCACUCGAAACAAUACGCAGCAAGACGUGGUGCAGCAUAUGGGUUAGGCGGCAUUGUUAGUGGGAAGGGGGUAUCCGCAUUCCGAGAAUACCGCAUUAUGGCACAUCUCACCGAUGCGUUAGAGAACAGGAAUGAUCCCAAUCAAAGACAAGGUGCUAUUAUGGCUUUCGAAUUAUUCUCCUUGAUUCUAGGCCGGAUCUUUGAGCCAUACGUCAUACAAAUUGUGCCUCAGCUGCUGAGCAGUUUUGGCGAUCCCAGUUCCGACGUGCGCAACGCCUGCCUAGAUGCUGCGAAAACAUGCUUUUCAAGUUUGAGUUCCUACGGUGUAAAGCAAAUUCUUCCAACCCUUCUCGAAGGACUUGACGAUCAGCAAUGGCGUAGCAAGAAGGGAGCAUGCGACCUUCUAGGCGCUAUGGCAUACCUUGACCCUCAACAACUUGCUGCUAGUCUCCCGGACAUCAUCCCUCCCCUUACGGUUGUCCUGAAUGAUAGCCAUAAAGAAGUGCGUAACUCUGCCAACCGCAGUCUCCAGCGGUUCGGAGAGGUGAUAAGUAACCCUGAGGUGAAGAGUCUAGUUGGUGUUCUUCUGAAGGCCCUCAGCGACCCUACGAUAUACACCGACGAAGCCUUGGAUGCAUUGAUAAAGGUGUCAUUUAUUCAUUAUUUAGAUGCGCCAUCCCUUGCUUUGGUUGUUCGAAUCCUGGAACGCGGUCUUGGGAGCCGAUCGGCAACCAAAAAGAAAGCCGCCCAAAUCAUCGGUAGCUUGGCCCAUCUCACGGAACGCAAAGACCUUAUUAGUCACUUGCCGAUAUUGGUCGCGGGAUUGAAGCUUGCCAUAAUUGAUCCUGUUCCUACAACUCGUGCGACCGCCUCCAAGGCGCUCGGGUCCCUCAUCGAAAAACUUGGUGAAGAUGCACUCCCAGACCUAAUCCCAAGCCUUAUGAACACCCUUAAAUCCGAUACCGGGGCAGGCGAUCGACUGGGGUCUGCUCAAGCGCUCUCCGAAGUACUUGCGGGAUUGGGUACUUCUCGCCUCGAAGAAAUUUUGCCGACAAUCCUGCAAAACGUAGCCAGCGCGAAAGCAUCAGUCAGAGAAGGAUUUAUGUCUCUUUUUGUCUUCCUUCCUGCCUGCUUUGGAAACAGCUUCUCGUCAUAUCUCAGCAAAAUUAUUCCUCCUAUCUUGGCCGGUUUGGCAGAUGAUAUAGAGGCUAUUCGCGAGACUUCACUUCGUGCUGGACGAUUACUCGUGAAAAACUUCGCAACCAAGUCCAUUGACCUUUUACUACCGGAGCUUGAGCGAGGUUUAGCAGAUGAUAACUACCGCAUUAGACUCAGUUCCGUCGAGUUGGUUGGAGACCUAAUUUUCAAUCUCACUGGUAUUCAAAAUAAAGGAGAAGAGGAUGAAGAAGACACCGCUGCCCAAGCAGGCCAAUCUCUUCUUGAAGUGUUGGGAGAAGAAAAACGGAACAAAGUUCUCUCUUCGCUCUAUAUUUGUCGCUGCGAUACUUCUGGUUUGGUUAGAAGUGCAGCAAUUGCUGUUUGGAAAGCCCUUGUAGCCACCCCACGAACAUUGAAGGAGCUAAUACCCACCUUAUCGCAUCUCAUCAUUCGUCGUCUUGCGAGCCCAAACAUGGAACAGAAGGUGAUCGCCGGAAAUGCCCUUGGCGAACUCAUCAAGAAAGCAGGAGAUGGGGUCUUGUCAUCCUUGCUUCCAUCGCUGGAGGCCGGUCUCAUUGCGUCUACAGAUGCGGAUUCGAGGCAGGGUAUUUGUAUUGCCUUGCGAGAACUUGUCAUCUCUGCUUCAGUUGAAUCGCUCCAAGAUUAUGAGAAGGUUCUUAUAUCUAUUGUGCGAACUGCUUUAGUGGAUCAUGACGAAACGGUUCGAGAAGCUGCAGCCGAGGCCUUUGAUUCCCUGCAGCAAGUAUUGGACAAACGAGUUGUAGAUCAGGUUCUUCCGGACUUACUCCAUCUUCUGAGAAGCGAGGCCGAUGCACAGCAAGCGUUAUCCGCCCUUUUGACUCUGCUCACGGAAACGACGAGAGCCAAUAUAAUCCUCCCCAACCUUAUUCCAACAUUGUUAACUUCACCUAUUUCUGGAUUCAAUGCAAAGGCCUUAGCAUCAUUGGCCCAAGUUGCCAGUUCUUCGAUGACUCGCAGGUUGCCCACUAUAUUAAACGCAUUUAUGGAUACAAUCGUCACCUGCGAGGACGGUGAACCCAGAGAGGAAAUCGGAGACGCAUUUGAUACCAUCUUAGAAUCUGUGGAUGAAUUCGACGGAUUGAAUGCUUCCAUGAGUGUAAUGCUGGCUUUGAUGAAACAUGAAGACCAUCGGAAACGGGAAAACGCAGCUAUUCGCCUAGGGAGAUUCUUCUCUCGUACAGACCUUGACAUUUCUCGUUAUCACCCUGAUUUAAUUCGCGUAUUGCUUAUCUCGUUUGAUGACCGCGAUGCAGGUGUUGUUAAGGCGGCGUGGGACGCUCUAACACAGCUUACCACACACAUGCGAAAGGAGGAAAUGGAAGUUUUGGUCAUUCCAACACGUCAAGUCCUACGGCAAGUUGGUGUCCCAGGUUUAAACCUUCCAGGAUUUUCCCUGCCAAAAGGAAUUGCAUCGAUAUUCCCGAUAUUCCUUCAAGGGCUCCUCAAUGGAACCGUUGAUCAACGUGUACAAUCUGCUCUUGCAAUUGCUGAUAUCAUCGAUCGGACAAUCCCGGAGGCAUUACGACCCUAUGUCACCCAAAUCACCGGCCCAUUGAUCAGAGUUGUCUCGGAACGAUCUGUAGACAUCAAAUGUGCCGUUUUCUUGGCUCUUAAUAGGCUUUUGGAAAAGAUACCCCUAUUCGUGAAACCUUUCCUGCCGCAACUACAAAGAACAUUUGCCAGAGGGCUGGCAGACACUUCAAGUGAUGUAUUACGAAAGAGAUCGGCUAAGGGCUUAGGCAUAUUGAUCACAUUAACACCAAGAAUUGAUCCUCUCGUAGCAGAACUCGUCACCGGAUCCAAAACCUCCGAUACAGGUGUCAGGAAUGCCAUGCUUCAAGCACUCUACGAAGUUGUAAGCAAAGUUGGUAAAAAUAUGAGCGAUACAUCUAGACAAGCCAUCCUCAACCUUAUUGAUGAUGAGGGUUCUGGGCGUGAUGUAGAUGCGAUGGAUAUUACAAAUGCUCGACUCCUUGGUGGCCUUGUCAAAACUCUUCCGGACACUGCCGCCGCUCCGCUGAUAAAGAACCGAGUUCUCACUCCUCUCUUGACCCAUUCCUCGAUUCUCGGCCUUAAUGCAGUCUUGUUAGAAUCUGCAGAAUUUCUCGCGGCAAAAUUUCCCUCCGAGACGCCGUCCAUUAUAUGCAAUGGCAUUUCGAACAAAGAUCCAUUUAUAUCGGACAACAGCGUGCUUGCAGCAGGCAAAUACCUGUUGUCAGAAGACAUAACCCGCAACUUCGAGAUAGACAAGCCAUUGAUUGAAGCUCUCUCCCCAGCAAUCAAGCCUGGUGGGCCCACAGAUACUCGACGGCUAGCAUUGGUUGUAGUUCGAACCAUCAGCCGUCUGCAUCCCGAACUUGUCCGUCCUCACCUUCCAAUUCUCGUACCGCCCGUCUUUGCCAGUGUGCGCGAUGUUGUCAUCCCAGUCAAACUAGCAGCAGAGGCAGCGUUUCUGUCGCUGUUUUCAGUGGUGGAUUCCGAAGCCACAGUCUUUGAAAAGUACAUUAAUGGUCCAGGGGCGGAGUUACCUACUGCCACGAAACGGAGCAUGCAAGAUUACUUCAAGCGCGUUGCCCUACGGCUAGCCAAUCAAGCACGAGAAAGACGAGAAGCCGAAGGUGGACAAGGGGGGCUCGGUCUGUCAAGCGACGAACUUGAAGACGAAAGGGAGGUUUGGAGCCGCUGUCCAAAUCGGGUCAAGCGCAGUCAAGCCCUAAGUUUGCGGGUUGAUUGUGGGAAUUCGACCAUCCAUCCAUUCAACGACCGACCAUCUACAGUACGCGGCAUCAAGAUGGUCAACCUUCGCACCCAGAAACGCCUGGCGGCCUCGGUGGUUGGCUGCGGCCAACGCAAGAUUUGGCUUGACCCCAAUGAAGUCAACGAAAUCUCCACCGCCAACUCGCGCCAGACCAUCCGCAAGCUGUUGAGCGAUGGCCUUAUCAUCCACAAGCCCGUCACCAUGCACUCGCGUUCCAGAGCCCGGGAGCUCGCAGAAGCUAGAAAAAUCGGACGACACCGGGGUUUCGGUAAGAGAAAGGGUACCAAAGACGCCAGAAUGCCAAGCCAGGUCCUGUGGAUGCGUCGUCUCCGAAUUCUUCGCCGUCUUCUCGCCAAGUAUCGUGCCUCUGGGAAAAUUGACAAGCACCUUUACCACGAGCUGUACCACUUGACUAAGGGUAACACCUUCAAGCACAAGCGUGCGUUGGUUGAGCAUAUUCACAAAGCCAAGGCUGAGAAGCAACGUGAGCGUACUAUCAAGGAGGAGAUGGAUGCCAAACGUGCCAAGGUCAAGGCUGCCCGGGAACGACGACAAGAACGUAUCCUUGCCAAGAGAAACGCCCACCUGGCGGAGGUCGAGGAGGAGUAG